AUGUCUUCUUCCCGAUCUCUGCUUUUGUCUCCUGGUAGUUCUGAUUGGAACAGCGAGCUCAAAGUGAGCCCAUCUCGUGGUAACGGUACCGGGGGUAUGAGGCGUUGCAAAUCCUCCCAGUCUCUCAGCAAACGAGCCAGGAAGCGUGCUGAUAUCAUCCGCCAAAAGCAUGCCGAUUCUCAAGGACUCCGCCGUCAGCUGCGGAGCUUUCGACGAAGCAACUCCAAUGCAUCUUAUGAUUCUACCGAGGAAAUUGUUCAGAAAGAUGCACAAACCGUGUCAGAGUCCCUCAAGGCCAUGGAAGACUUUAUGAACUCCGUCAACGGCAAGCACCGGAGACGCAAGCUGCUGGACGGUCAAAAGAAGGAAGAUGCUGCAACAACUGCCUAA